AUGAAUGAGCGUUACCUAUUCACUGAGAUCCUGAACAAGUGCUCGAAGCAUCGUUUGCUUGAUCAGGGAAAGCAAGUACAUGGGGUUGUGGAGAAACUAGGAUUUGGGCAUGUUUUGGCUUUAAACAAUGAUCUCAUUGUUAUGUACGCUAAGUGUGGCAAUGUGAACCUUGCUUGUUCGGUGUUUGAUCGAAUGCCCCAAAGAAAUGUAGUCUCUUGGACAGCUCUUAUAUGUGGCCAUUUACAAAAUGGUGAUGCCAAAAGCUCGUUGCUUUUAUUCUCUAAAAUGGGUCGUUCAGCUGUUAGGCCGAAUGAGUUCACACUUUCUACGAGUCUAAAAGCAUCAGGGGUUUUGGGCAUCCCUGAGAAUGGAACUCAAAUUCAUGGGGUUUGUGCAAAAUCUAAUUUUGAUUGGGUACCUGCUGUGGGAAAUUCUAUAAUUGACAUGUACUGUAAGUGUGGUAGGGUUAGUGAGGCUGCCCGAGUAUUUAACACUCUGCCAUUAAGAAAUCUUAUAAGUUGGAAUGCAAUGAUUGCUGGAUACACCCACGGAAAAAAUGGUGAAGAGGCUUUAAAUCUCUUUCGAAAAAUGCAAGAGAAGGGGGAAGUUCCUGAUGAAUACACAUACUCAAGCACGUUAAAGGCAUGUAGUUGUCUUGGUGCAAUAAGAGAAGGAACGCAAAUCCAUGCUGCAUUAAUCAGACAAGGAUUUCCUUAUUUGGCUCAAUCAGCAGUUGCAGCUGCUCUGGUUGAUCUAUAUGUCAAAAGCAGGCGCAUAGCUGAAGCUAGGAUGGUGUUCAGUCAAAUUGAACAGAAGAAUGUGAUAUCUUGGAGCACACUAAUUCUUGGGUAUGCACAAGAAGACAAUUUGCCAGAAGCCAUGGACUUGUUUCAGCAAUUGAGAGAGAGCAGACAUAAAGUGGACGGGUUUGUACUAUCGAGUCUCAUAGGUGUAUUUGCUGAUUUUGCCCUUGUGGAGCAGGGGAUGCAAAUGCAUGCUUAUACCAUCAAAGUCCCGUAUGGUUUAGAAAUAUCUGUGGCAAACUCAGUUCUAGAUAUGUACAUGAAAUGCGGGUUAACAGAUCAAGCAGAUGCACUUUUCAGAGAAAUGCCGGCAAGAAAUGUGGUUUCCUGGACAGUUAUGAUCACUGGUUAUGGAAAACAUGGUAUUGGGAAUAAAGCAGUUGAACUUUUCACUGAAAUGCAAGUGGAUGGAAUCGAACCUGACAGUGUAACUUACUUAGCAGUGCUCUCAGCUUGCAGCCAUUCUGGACUCAUCAAAGAAGGUCAACAAUACUUCUCUAGUUUCUGUAACAAUCAGCAGAGAAAACCACAAGUAGAGCAUUAUGCUUGCAUGGUUGAUCUCCUUGGAAGAGCUGGACGCUUAAAGGAAGCAAAAGAUCUCAUUGUGAAAAUGCCCCUGAAGCCAAACGUUGGUAUAUGGCAGACAUUGCUAAGUGUUUGUAGAAUGCAUGGAGAUGUUGAGAUGGGGAAACAAGUGGGAGAGAUACUUUUGAGUUUGGAUGGUAAUAAUCCAGUCUACCAUGUCAUGAUGUCAAACAUAUAUGCUGAUGCAGGAUAUUGGAAAGAGAGUGAAAAAAUAAGAGAUGCUAUGAAGAGAAAGGGAUUGAAGAAAGAGGCAGGACGUAGUUGGACAGAAUUAGAGAUAGACAAGGAAAUCCACAUUUUCUACAAUGGAGAUGGAACACAUCCACUUAUAGAGAAAGUUCACGAAGUGUUGAAAGAAAUGGAGAAGAGGAUGAAAGAAGAAAUAGGCUAUGUUCAUAACGUAAAUUUUGCUUUGUAUGAUGUUGAGGAAGAGUCAAAUGUGGACAGUUUGAGGGUUCAUAGCGAGAAAUUAGCUAUUGGGUUGGUUUUGGCUGGUGGUGGGCUAAAAGGAGAAAAGAUGAUUCGGAUUUUCAAGAACUUGAGGGUUUGUGGUGAUUGCCAUACACAUUCAUAAAAGGGUUUAUCACAGGUUUUGAAGAUUGUAUUUAUGGUGAGAGAUGCAAAUAGGUUUCACAGAUUUGAGAACGGCUUGUGUUCGUGUGGAGAUUACUGGUGA